CCAGAUGGUCCCUACCUGACGCUGAGUCAUUUCUGGGGCGACGCGUCAAAGGUGUUCAACCUGGAAACGAGAAAUAGGGAAGAGCUGCUUCAGCAAAUUCCGGCUCUUCCACGGAUUGUCGAAGACGCUAUAGUGGCAACUCGUAGGCUCGGAGCCAGAUACAUCUGGAUCGACUCGCUCUGCAUCAUCCAGGACGACCCCCAGGACUGGGCGAGUGAAUCAAGCUCUAUGGCAGAUGUGUACCAUAACGCCAUGUGCAACAUCGCAGCAAGUGCCUCGCAAGACUCGAACGGGGGGUUGAACCGAGACCGAGGAGACAUAGUCAUUGGGGCUUACGUGAAGGCCUCGCAAGACGACGAAACUCUGCUGCUCAUCGAAGAAAACGAAGGUAUCGAGCAUGAAGGACAGGAGGGUUGGGUACUGCAAAAAAGGCUCCUCUCACCUCGAAUCUUACACUUCUCACGCCGACAGCUCGUCUGGGAGCCUCUGGGCGAUAUACUGGGACGAUAUACCUUGGCCACUCUGACCUACCGUUCAGAUACCCUGCCAGCACAUUCAGGAAUUGUGAAGUACCAUCAAAACAUAACCGGUGUGACAUAUCUGGCAGGGAUUUGCAAGGGGCCAGGAGCUGUCUUCUCGGCACAUUUAGGCUGGAGAAGCAUGACACCCACACCUCGACCAACCGCGUACCGAGCGCCGUCGCGAAAUUGGGCUUCUACAGAUAAGGAGAUUGCUCUACGUCCGAAGGAGAGUCCUAUGGGCCUUCACUAG